AUGCCUCUGUUAAAAAGAAAAGCCUUUGAGAAAUCCACGGCGUUGGAGUACUUGCGGGACGAUGAUGAAGUCUUCCACUGCGAGAUUACCGAUGAGAUAUUUAAAGACUAUGAGGAAUAUUGUGAAAGGAUCAUACUGGUCAACUCAAUGGUGUGGACAUGUGAGAUGACGGGAAAGAAUAACCUUACAUAUGCUGAAGCCUUAGAGAGUGAAAAGGCUGCACGGAGAUCCUUAAAAGAUUUUCCCAUGGAACUCCGAAUACCAAUUUUAUACCUAGCAACAAAAACAAAAAGGUGUUCUUUUGCUGAAAUGUCUGAGGAUGUAUUUAAUUUUGUAAGGGAAAGAUUCUUUGUAGGAGAAACGGUAGAAGCAUGUCUGGAGGGAGAUAUGUGGCGUGAGGCACACAUACUCUCUGUUACAGCGCAAAAGCAACAUCCAGACAGUAAAGUCAUGCUUCCACCUUCUGCCUACUGCUACGAAGUGGAGCAGUUCGACGAAGACCCGGCCGCUGCAGGUCAGAUCGGCACCGCGCCGUACGACCGCGUGCGUCGUCGGAAAGGAGUGUAUACCCGGGAUAAGAACAGGCUAUUCCUUAAACAGUUUGUCGCACCUGGCAAUGUUAUAGGUAUAAAGAAAACAGCAGUAGACAAAUACAACAUAGCCAAAGUAAACUUCGACCAGAUAUUCACAGGGAGUCCACCAGAUUUCCCUUCAUCAAAAAAACUCAUGAAGACCAGUAUGUCGCCACCCACUUCCUCGAAAAUACCAAAACUGGGAUCAGCAUCCAAAUCCCUAUCACUAAAGAAACCUAGUCCAGAUAAAAAAGGUAGGCAGGAGUCUAUGGAUAAGUUUGUCACGAAAACAGAUAAGUCCGAAGUAAAACCAAAAACACCAAUGGACCCUGAAGCUCGGAAGUCUGCUCAGGAGCUAGCAGAGAAGAUGAGAAGAGCUGAAGAUCAGAUGCGACAGCGCAGAGAAGAGGAGAAAGCAAAGAAAAAGGAGAAAAAUGCACGACUUAUGGCAUAUAUGAAAGAAUGGCAGAAAGUCAAAGAUGAUCAGGAAUUGGAAGAUCACAAGGUUUUACCAAAAGGCACUCCAGUCGAAGUGGAAGGCAUUCCACAGAGUAAUUUCGGCGACUUCCUAUCGGUUUUAGAAUUUGUCAACAACUUCUCUGAACUACUGAAGGUUAAGGACGUGUUCCCCAAUGAACUGGACAUGGAAACCUUCAGGAAGUCCCUCACAUCCAAGGAAAAUGCUUGGAUGUUCAGUGAACUGGUGCAAAUGUUGCUCACUACGAUAUUCUCUCUGCAAGAGGAUGAGGCUGAAGAGUAUAAUGAGAGUAAAGGAAUUCAAGAGUCUGUUGAAAAUGAACCAACAGGCAGUACAGUAGAUACACAACGGUCAAUCGAGCUAGCAACUAAAGCAGGCAAAUGGGCGCACACCUACCUCGGCACCCCGCUCAGCAAGCUGCCUUUAGACCCUACCACUGUCAGUGAGGUGUUGCGACUGCACCUGCUGUCGUCGGGCGGCGCGGCGGGCGCGCGUUGUGCGGCGUGGCGCCUGCACCAGCGCGGCGGCUACGCCAGCGCCGACGACCCCGCGCUGCGCCUGCGCGCCGCGCGCCCGCACGCGCUGCAGCGCCUGCGCACGCGUCACCUCGCCGACCUACCCAUCGAUGAUAAGUUCCAAAUAUUGCAGUGCCUUAUGAAUCAGAUCAUGACAUAUGCGACAGUUCGUGAACAAAUAGAAGAGAAACUAGAGGAGUACAAAAAUUUGAAGCAUGCUUUAAGAACGUUGCAGAUAAACGAACGUAAACGCGAACCUCAGCUGUCGGCUGCGAGAGUGGAACUCAAAAAGGAAACAGCACAAAAGAAAGAAGAACUCAAAUUAACUGGUGAAAAGGCAAGGGUAGCUGAUGAAGAGUUGAAAGAUGCGAUAGAGAAAUUGAAAAAGGAUAGCGAGGCUAAGAAAGUGGAGCAUGACAAGAAGUUGAAAGAGUUGCAGGCUCAGCUCUUUGACUAUACUACAUAUAUUGGCUCGGACCGCGCGUACCGCCGCUACUGGUUGACGCGGCGCGUGGCGGGGCUGUUCGUGGAGGCGGGCGCGGAGGCGCGCGGGCCGUGCCGCGCCAAGCCGCUGCCGCCCGCGCCCGCCGCGCCCGCGCCGCGCCCGGACGUGCUCGCGUACGUCACGCAGCUCUACCACGACGAGAGAGAGCGCGAGAGGCAAAAGGAGACUGCUGGAAGUGAUAAGGAAAACGAAUCAGGUUCGAACUCUCGAGGUGGUUCGCUGAAGAAACCUCUCACCAAUCUGAAUGGGCUAAAUACUAAAUUGAAUGGUAUAGACGCGACUGUACUGCACUGCCGCGAGCUUCUCGUCUGCACUGCGCACAUCGAAACGUGCUAUGUACAUGGAAAGGGUGACUACAGACCUCAAUGGUGGGUGUACAACACAGAAGAGCAAAUUGAAGCUCUCAUAGAGGCUCUCAACAAGCGAGGUCUGAGGGAGAAUGAUUUAAGACAAACUUUAGAGAUGGAUAAAUCUAAUAUAGUGGAGUAUGUUAAGAAGUGUCCCAUACAUCUGUUGACUCCUAGUGCGGCACUUCCACAACCACAACAACACGCACAUUCGACGCGACAAAAGCGAAUACAGCCGUCGCUCCAAGUGCCUCCAGACAGCACACUCUCUGAGGCGCUGGAACUGUCUCUACGAGACCAUAUCUUAGAGCUUGAAGAGAAGAUCUUCCAUGGGUGUUUGGGAUCUCUCAAAGUAAAGGACCGCGAGGCGUGGCGCGGCACCAUCAUGCUGCGCGGCUACGACAAGCAGGCGGAGUACCUCAGCUGGGGCCCCGGCAAGCACUUCAGAGACGACUACCAUCAGCCAGACGGACAUUUGAAACUGCCCACCGAUGUAGAUAAAUCGGAGAUAGAAACGAUAGCGGAGAACAAAUACCGCGACCCUGGUCACUGGCUAGAGGCACCUAAAGUGAAUGGCAUUAAAUUGGAGCCCGAGGAGGACAUCGGGGCGAAGCCCGAAGUCGUGCGGGGGCUCGCCUGCGCGCUGCUGCAGGUGGCUCAGUCAAUACACCAAAAGUACCUGAAGAGGCCUCUUGGUCUCGACGAGAAAGAGCGCAAAGACCGCGAGGCGAAAAACAAGCCCCUGGAGCUGGAAGCGCUGGAGCGGUGGGAGGUGUCGCUGAUGGAGUGCCGCAGCUUCUCGUCGCUGGCGCUGCACCUGCUGGCGCUGGACAGCAGCGUGAGCUGGGCGGCGUCCGUGCUGCACGCCGCCUGCCGCCUGUGCCGCCGCCGCGCCGACCCCGACAACAUGCUGCUCUGCGACGGCUGCAACAAGGGACACCAUUUGUAUUGCUUGAAGCCCAAGCUUGCGUUGAGUAUGAAGAAGAAAGUACCUGAAGGCGAUUGGUUCUGUGAUCAAUGUAAACCAAAGGAAAAGACGCCGAGAAAGCGGAGAAAAUUGUAUACAGAGGAAAAAUCGGAUGAUGCUUCAGAUGAUAGUUGCAGCCCGUUGUCGGUGUCGUCGUGCGCGGUGUGCGCGGCGUGCGGCUCCGGCGGGCGGCUGGCGGCGGCGUGCCGGCGCUGCGGCGCGCGCCUGCACGCCGAGUGCGCCGCGCCGCGCGCCCGCCGCCGGGGCGCGCUCUGCGACGCCUGCGCCGCCCGCGCCGACAACAGGGAGGCGGGCGGGCGCCGGCGCUGCGCCGCGGCCGCCAUCUCCCACAUACAGCGGUACGCGCGCGCCGUGCAGCGCCACUCCUCCGAUUCAGAAGACAGCGAAUACAACACGGCUCUGGUGAAGUUGAAGACGCGUAAAUCCCGGGGGAGUGAAGAGCCGGUGCAAAAUGGCACCGCUAAAAGAGGACGCAAAUCGAAAGAAAUAGUAAAUGGCAGCAACAACAGAAGAUCUAAAACCCUCACAAAUGGUCACGAAGAACGUACAAGCAAGAAGCGUAACAGGGAGGUGAGCAUGGAGGAGCGGCCGCCGCUGCAGCCCGAAGCGCUGGCGGCGCUGCUGCGUGACGCCAUGAAGCACAAGGGCAGCUGGCCCUUCCACGACCCGGUCUCCGUUGAAGAUGUUCCAGAUUACCUAGAAGUGAUAGAGCAGCCCAUGGACUUUACGACCAUCAAGAAUAAACUGGAGAACGAGGAGUACGAGACGGACGAAGAGUUCCUGGCGGACGUGGCGUUGAUAUUCACCAACUGUUACACAUAUAAUAAGGAUACGCACCCUGUCGCCAGAGCGGGAAUGCGCUUAGAGAAGUACAUCACAAAGCGUUGCUCCGAGCUCAACCUGCCUUCGUUCCCCAACACUGAGGGGCAGCCGGAGGAAGACGAGACAGGGCUCAAACCCAAGAGGCCCAAACUCAAC